UGCCAAGUACCAACUGGCAUGGCACACAAUUGUUGGACGAAAGCGGCACGUCGACACCUCCAGAUAUAGACCCUAAUUUCUCAGUCGCUUUCUGAUUUUUUUUUUUCUUUGUUUUUUUUUCCCUCAGAUUUAAAAGCAAAAUCCACAAUACGCAAUUGUCAAAAGCGCCUCAGAAGAAUCAAUCUAUCUCCAGGGACCCAACUCUGAGUAGGGUUUCAGAUAUUCAAAUUCAAACGGUUGGGUUGGUUUAGUUUGUACUAAACAAGAUGGGAGGUGGGUUUAGAGUGCUGCAUCUUGUCCGACCAUUCCUUUCAUUUCUGCCUGAAGUUCAGUCUGCCGACAGGAAGGUUCCAUUUAGAGAGAAGGUUAUAUACACUGUGAUCUCUCUCUUUAUUUUUCUGGUAUGCAGUCAGCUCCCUCUGUAUGGCAUACACUCUACAACAGGUGCAGAUCCAUUCUAUUGGAUGCGUGUUAUUCUGGCCUCAAAUCGUGGGACUGUUAUGGAGCUGGGGAUCACCCCCAUUGUGACAUCUGGACUGGUUAUGCAACUCUUGGCUGGAUCCAAGAUCAUUGAAGUGGACAAUAAUGUACGGGAGGAUCGUGCCCUCUUAAAUGGUGCGCAGAAGUUGUUGGGCAUUCUUAUAGCUGUUGGGGAGGCAGUUGCAUACGUUCUCUCUGGGAUGUAUGGAAGUGUUGGACAGCUUGGAGUUGGAAAUGCCAUUCUUAUUAUCAUUCAACUCUGCUUUGCUGGUAUCAUUGUGAUAUGUUUAGAUGAACUUCUUCAAAAAGGAUAUGGUCUUGGCUCGGGAAUAUCCCUUUUCAUAGCAACUAACAUCUGUGAGAACAUUAUUUGGAAAGCAUUUAGUCCCACCACAAUUAAUAGUGGGCGUGGAGCUGAAUUUGAGGGUGCCGUUAUUGCUUUGUUUCAUUUACUGAUAACUCGAACAGACAAGGUUCGUGCACUGCGUGAGGCAUUCUACCGGCAGAACCUUCCAAACGUAACAAACUUGCUUGCUACCGUCUUGGUCUUCCUUAUUGUUAUCUACUUCCAAGGGUUCCGUGUGGUUUUGCCUGUGAGGUCAAAGAAUGCUCGAGGACAGCAGGGCUCAUAUCCAAUCAAGCUGUUCUACACCUCCAAUAUGCCCAUCAUUCUGCAGUCUGCACUUGUCUCCAAUCUUUACUUCAUUUCCCAGUUGCUGUACAGGAGAUACAGUGGGAAUUUCCUUGUGAACCUGUUGGGCAAGUGGAAGGAAUCUGAAUAUUCUGGUCAAUCCGUCCCUGUUGGUGGUAUUGCAUAUUAUAUUACUGCACCAUCAAGCUUGGCGGACAUGGCAGCAAAUCCUUUCCACGCACUAUUUUAUCUUGUGUUUAUGUUGUCAGCAUGUGCUUUGUUUUCAAAAACUUGGAUUGAAGUAUCUGGGUCCUCUGCUAAAGAUGUGGCUAAGCAGCUCAAGGAACAACAAAUGGUGAUGCCGGGCCAUCGUGAAUCAAAUUUACAGAAGGAAUUAAACCGCUACAUACCCACCGCAGCAGCCUUUGGGGGCAUGUGCAUUGGUGCCCUGACUGUUUUGGCAGAUUUCAUGGGAGCAAUUGGUUCAGGGACCGGGAUUCUGCUUGCAGUCACUAUCAUAUAUCAAUACUUCGAGACAUUUGAGAAGGAGAGAGCCAGUGAGCUUGGUUUCUUUGGUUUCUAAGCUUGUAUGGUUUUUCAAAUCCCCACGAGCUACACGAGCUACCCAGCAGUUUUGGUGAGCUAACAAACACUACAGAUUUCAAAUUUGAGAUUGUAGGUUAGUCUGUUAUUGAUCUCUUGAUAUUUUUUCCGAGAAAGUUUGACCCCAUGAAAAUGUUGGAAAGACCAACUAUUCACCUAAAGUGCAAUGUUUGUCAUAAUUUUCCUUAUAAGACAUUUUUAUCACCCCAUAAUCAUUUAGUUCUAUGAGAUUUCAGUUCUUCAUUUCUGAUUACCGAUCUUUGGGGACUUUUAUUUUGUCCAUGUUAUCUUGUGACAUUGUGACAUUCUCUUAUAGUUGAUUGUGAUGUAAUGUUCAUAAUUCAAUUUCAACGGC